GUCUUUUUGAUUCCAAGUUGCCUCCAUCCCUACAGCAUUGCAAGCGACUUUUGAGCCAAGAUUUCAUAGAUAUCACCUUCCAAGACGAGCUUCUUGCUGCAUCAUAACCUGGUGAAGGAGACAAAUCAUGUCAGAAUCGGGCAAGAUGCUCGGACUCCUGGAGCCUCUUCAAAAGGCUGUCUCGAAGAAGUUCGAGACUGCCUACCAGAAGAAAGAUCUCGUUUUCUCCGAUACGAAACUUGCCCAUCUGAAAUCCAAGACAGGGCCAACGUUCCAGCUACGAUACUGCCCAGCACUGGCGCAUAAACCAAAGGGAAACCAGAAAGAGGCGAAGGAUUCCAAAGGCCCGAAAUUCGAUCCAUUUGCUGAUCCGCCAGCAGAGCUCCUCGUUGCUCGUAUCCCAGCCCACCAUGCCUCACACUUUUUGGUCUUGAACAAGUUUCCAGUCAUACACAACCAUUUCAUUAUUGCAACGACUGCGAACAAGCCUCAGACUGAUCUGCUGGAGAUGAACGAUCUUCAAAUGACGCACGCAUGUCUUCGUGCAUGGCAAUUCCACGAGAAUGACGGGAGCUCGAAGCGUCUCUUCGCCUUUUUCAACUCUGGAGAGCACAGCGGUGCCAGCCAAGUGCACAGACACCUGCAGUUUCUUCCUGUAGAGGACAUGUCGGAGUCUGAACCAGGACCCUGGGACCUCCUCAUCGACCGAAUGACCACCCGAGCUCAUCCCGAACUGCCUCUCUUCCACGAUCCUGGCCUUCCGUUUCUGCAUUUUUCAACUCCGCUUGAGACCGAAUCCUCAUCGACUGAUUUGCUCUCAAAAUACCUACUCCUACUUAGAGCUGCGAUGUCUGCCACACAAAGCCCUUCGCAGCCAUUGAACCAGGAAAUUGCAAUUGAGGAGAAUGGCCAGACCACUUUUAGCUACAAUCUUGGGAUGACAACGGAAAGAAUGGCGAUAUGCCCACGGAAAAGUGAAGCCGUCGGUGUCCCUGGAGCAGGUCCCGAGAGCUCCGUCGCACUCAAUGGUACUAUAUUGGCGGGCACAUUGAUGGUAAAGCACGAAGCAGAAUGGAACACCCUUCAAGAGACACCAUCGCUUCUUAGCGAUAUGCUUGUCUCCAUUGGAUACCCUCCAACGACCUGGAUGUGAUGAUCUUGGAACGACGAUUCAUCAGCCCUGGAGUCAGCAUCGUGCGUGACUGCAUCCCACCAAAUCUACUCAUGCGACAUGACGACGCUGGAUGUC